AUGCAAUCAACCGACCUUCAAGAUUUAUUAAUGUGUGAACCAUAUUUCGAGGACUUCACCACUACAAACGCGCUUGGGAAUAAUGAUUCCUCGAACGUACAACUUCCAUCGGCGACUUUAUCAGAAUUUGAAGCUCAAAUUCAAGCAAUGUUAGCAGCUAAUAAUAAUGAAAUGACAGCUUCUCGUGCAAAUGAUUUUUCGUUCGAUAGUUUCCUUUAUCCUGUUUCCUCUCCAGAGAAUAGUCUUUUUGCUUCCUUGAGUUCCCCUGAUACUUUUAUAAACUCACCAAAUUCUUACACGACUCUUGAUGAUAACUGUUCUUCGACUACAGUUUCCCCACCAACUUUUAAUUCUAUACAAGAUUUUACCGUUUCACCGAAUGAUGUUGCAGUGACAGAUUUGAGUCACUAUCCUUCUUUAGUGGAGGAAUCUUUCGACAGAUUAUUGCCUACCAAAAGUGAUUACGAUACUCUUUUUUCUCAAGCUGAAAACGUGAAGAGACGUGUUUCGGUUGAUCGCGACACAGUUUCUCCAGACGAAUCCAUGAAAAAGAAGCGAAAAAGCACCGGAGGAGUUACCAAAUCCGUAAAGAAAACAAAUGCUGGUAUCAAAAAUUUUGUCAAAAAUGAAGUUGACUCUAACAAUACCGUGUAUAACAAAUCGGCGCCAGUCAUGUGCGCGGAUAGUUCGAACUUGAGUUCUGGAACACAUAGCAUCGUGGUUCCCAGUUCUCCUGUGGACAACUUAGACACCCCUUCUGGUUACGCUACGAAUGCAAUAUUGACGUUUAACCAGGCACCUUGGCCUGGUAGUUCAAAUCAGACGAUUGUAUCAUCGGAUGGAAUAAUAGAUGGUUCGCAAUUUCAAAACAUAUCAUUACUUCCAGUAUCAUGUGAUGGAACAAAUGCUACGACGAAGGUGCCCAUAACACGCCUUAAGAAUGCAAACGUUUCAACACAACCUCAACAAAAUUUUCCGAUACAGCUAAAUAAGCAGCAGAAAAAAGUUGCUCAUAAUGCCAUUGAACGUCGUUAUAGAAACAAUAUAAACGAUCGUAUUAAUGAUCUUAAAAAUGUAGUACCUGCCCUUUGUCACUUAAAGAGCAAAGACAGUAAAGACGAUGACGAAGACGAAGAAGUUGACGGCAUUCCUGCAGCCACAAAAUUAAACAAAGCUACUAUUUUAAGAAAAGCAACAGAGUACAUUAUUUAUCUGAAGAAGAAUAACCAGAAAAUGAAAAGUGACAAUGAAAUGUUAAGAAAUUUGUUGCAAGCUCUACCAGGCGGCAUUGAAUUAUUGAACGAGAUGUCCGAAGGAACACCACCAGAUACUCCUGAAGUUACAUCACCCAACGAAUUUGACUAUCCAUUAACUCCACCUCAUAAUACAAAUCCUGGUUCACGAGCAUUGAUGGCUUUGUUCAUGUGUAUGACAUUCUUUUCAUCUCCAUCAAGUAUUGGUGGUCAUGCUUCUCACCAUCACAGCGAUACCAGUCGUGUUGUCACUAGCGAAGCGUCUCAGUAUGUACCUGAGGUUGAGAUUCCUAAGAGUUCAUAUAAUUCAAAUCAUGUUAUUACGAUUGAUAUUUGGUAUUUGGCAAGGAUUUUUACUUUCCUCAUUUGUUUAACAUAUAUCCUCCGACCAUCUCUAUUUUCAAGUCAAUCUCGUCAUAUUCACAAGUCAAAAAAUGUUAUAAUUUCCGUCUUAAUUUCGAAGAAUAAAGAAGUAAAGAAACUUUACCAGUCAUUAUCAAACCUUUCUUAUAGUUCUUCGAUGAAAAUAUUGGAACUUGCUGCUGGUGUACUCACUGAAUCUUUCAAACUCUUGUGGAGAAGAUUUUUUGGAUGGGAUAUUUCUGGUGUGUAUACUCACGUUGACAUAGAAGAGAGACUUUUGGAAAUAGGGCUAUGGGGUAGACUUGGAGAGACUGAACUAUGUGGUGGAAACGACAGGGUAUCACGUCUAUCCAUUCUAUACACAUGCCUCCGGACGAUCAACCUCUUGGAGAGUCUGUACACAUCACGCAAGCAUAUAUAUAUCAGUCCGUCUCGCAUUUAUGCAAACGCAGCGUUACAAUGUUAUAUCGGGCUUCGUUCGGUUCCUUUCAUUUCUCAGAGACUUGUAUCCCAUUUUUGGAAAUUAGCCAUCAAAGAAAAAGGACGUGGUUCCGAAGAAAAAUGGCUUGAAAUUGCAUUGGCCAAUAAUCAAAACUAUGACAUUUGGAAAGGUGUUGCUAACAGGAUCAACGAUCAUGCUCUUCAUUUAUCGAAAAACAAAGAAAUAAUAGAAUCUAUGAGCAAUACUACCAUUCCUCUUACCUACAUGUCAGAUGCACAAGCAUUGAUCCAUCUUAAGGAGACGUUUUCCGACCUUGUAUCCGUAAAAUAUGGAAAGAAGAAAUAUCAAAAGAAGAGUCGAUAUACCUUUGUCGAUCUUCUCAGUGUUACGACGCCUUCAUCACUGGCACAUUGGUAUGCUCUGAUUGGAUGUGCAGUACAUGCCUUCUCCGAAGGAAAAAAUGCCGUCGGUGAAAAGCUUGUCAAUAAAUUAAAAGAAGAAUACCCCAAGAUAGAUAACAAUAUCAACAAACGAAUUAUUGCCAUGGGCUUAUUUUCAUACGUCCUUUUAAUGUAUGGCAAAGUCGAAGCUUCUAUUCGAUGUGCAGACAAUGUUAGCAAUGCUAUCUCUUUGCGAAAGAAGGAAGAAAAAUCCGAAAUCGCCGAAAAUGAAGAUGAUGAUUUAGAAAUAGGGAAAGUAUUGAAAGAAGUUCACGAUUUAGCCGAGCUUUGCGUUGGAUGGAUUGUUUUGGAAGCAAGAAUAUUAGCAUGGAAAAUUAUUGAAGGACUGCCAUCAGAAGCCAGAGACAAACCAUUACCUGAUGUUUUGGACGUGGAAACACGGUUGAUGCCCUCUAUUGAUAAAUGUAUGCUUUAUUUGCGCCGAUUAUCAAAAGCUGAUGCGUUUAGCAAUAUUCAAAAAGCUCGAGAAGGAUUCAUAAAAAGACUUGAUGCCCUUGGAAGAAUUGUUGGUGGUGUGGACGAGAGUCCUGAUUCUGGGUGUGAAUUUGAAGGUGUUAGUUUAGAAUCGGAUGAUACCAAAAAUAGAGCU